UUGGUUUUCUCUUAACAGGAAUUUGGAAAAAGAGGCCUACCAAGAUGCCGGAGGGCGGUGAAGCCGAAAGGGUCCUGACCCUCGAGGAUCUCAUCGUAGCCCUAGAUCGACAUGAGAAGACCCCAAGUAAUGUUCCGAGGGUUGAGACCUUCCACUUUGAUGGGGAAAGGGUCUCAGAUUGGCUAGACCUGGUGGAGCAGGCGAUGGUGGGAUUGUCAGAUGAGGUGAAAUUCCAGCGUAUCAUGAGGUACGUACUCCAUAGGCACCAUCAGGAGGUGCAGAAGGUUGUGGAUGCCGCCCACGGCAGUUGGGCAAGAUUCAGGGAGAACAUGUUACGCAAGUAUUGGUUGGGUGAUGGGUUGCUUACCAUCCAAGAUCUUGAGGGAAUGAACAAGGAUGACUUUACCACGAUAGGGGCCUUCGUACAAGAGUUUAAGAAGAAGGCAAGGAAAGUUCACAGGAUCUCUGAGGAGAGGCAAUGCGCUAUCUUUUUGGGACUGCUUACUGGGUCAGAGGCGGCCGAACUGACAAAUCAUGGAGGAGGCAACGCAAAGCUUACUUGGGCCACCAUCGACAGAGGAGUGGAGGAUGGGAGUUUAGACCAGGUAGAGAAGCAUCAGAUGCGUCUGCAAAGGAGGAAAAGGAAGGAAAGGGACGCUACUGCAUCAGGGACCCCGGGGGUGAAGAGGAUCAUCACUGAUGUACUUGCGGCAUUAGGCUAUGGCCAGGAUGCCGAGGCGCAGAGAAAGGCGGUAGCCGUGGUCCAAGGCCGAGGGAAAGAGGUGGGGGAUGAAGCCGCCGGGCAAGAGGAUUAUGGUGGGGAGGAAACGGGGUCACAAAUCCUUACCAAGGCCCAGCGGAAGCAACGCAAUCUGUUGCAGGGUGGCCAACGGUCUGGCAAAGGACAGGCCCCCCAGGCAAUUGCUGCACCACCAGUAGCCUUCGUAACCACGCCCAUAUCGACAGGGUCGGCGCCAAUGGGGCCACCCCCGACCUGUGGACAUUGGGUACCACAUUGUCAAGCGGCACCCUGGCCCAGCUGUAGUCAUUGUACCUCGUGUGGAGGGGGCCAAACCCAUACCGGACAGAUGGUUGCAUUCUCGAGUCCGUCAACGAGCGCAGAGCCGCCAAGUUUCCCGGCGACGCAAGGCAAAUUCACGGCCCAACCUGCCCCCUCACAGCAAGCAUCGCAGGCAAGUGUGGCAGGAGGAGGAGGCCAAGGGCAAGCAGGACAGGGCAAUGGUGGUCGGGGACAAGGAGGCCGAGGGGGUGGCGGACGAGGCCGAAAUGGAGGGGGACGUGGCGCGAACGAGUGUAGAAGAGGAGGUGCAAGCCAGCAAGCAAUCAGUCAAGGCAGCCAAGGAAACCAGGUCAAUCAAGGGAUACCUCAAGGCGCUCACAGCCAGCAAGGCAAUCAGAGCAACAACCAACUUCAACAACAUGGUCAACAACAACAAGUGGUAUAUUCUGGCCCUAUGAGCCAUCUGGGCACCUCUCCAUCACAGACGAUGUUGGGAGCAGCGAUGGGACAGAGCAUGGUCCCUCUAGGAGCCGCCUUUCCAGCCUUCUCGAACCUGCGCAUCAACCCAGCAUUCAAUCCAGCUUUCGACCCAACGGGUGCUCAACACGGCGCUCACAUGCCAAUGUAUGGGAUGCCAAAUGGUGCGGGCCACGCGUUCAUGCCAUGGAUACCUCAACAAGGAGGCUUAUCGUCGCUGUACUCAGCACAGCUGUUCCCGAAUGGAGGGCUUCCCUCCCCAGCUGUACACUCAGGAACGGGUGUCGGUACUUUGGGUCAACAACCGGCAACUUGAAGGAUUCCUCAGCACGAUGGACAAGCAUCUACACCACCAUCAGGCCAUCCAGACGGAAGCAUCAACAUGGGACAAAAGUAGUAAACGACACUGCGGGUG